AUGGUUCGUGUCACGGAGGAGUUGGCGCUCUCGCCCGAGCACCUCACUCUCUUUUACGCCAGCGACCCUUUGCUCGGCCACCUGCCUGUCUUGAUUUUCCACGGUCCCUCGACGACAGCAAACUACACGCUCAACAGCUCGCGGAUCCAGAUACACGUCUACACCCCGGCUGGCUUCCAAUCCUUCCCGCGCAUCACCAUUUCCCCAAACUCGCCUUUCUACAGCGUUGUCGACCACCUUCCCCGCGAGUUCCAGGGCGACGAGAUUUGCAGGGGUCUCGCCUUUGGCCUCUACAAAUACUUCAGCGAACUUCCCGACGCCGUGAAGAACCACCUGAAGAAUCAGUAUCCUACGACGCGCGGCAGGCGACCGGGCUCGGCCCCCAACUUGUUCGGCGAGCAGCAUGCCGCAGAUCUCGCCAAGUCUGCCGUCCAGGCCGACAACACCGCCGAGGUUGUUCGGAUUCUAGGCGAUGCGCUGCAGACCCAGCACACCAGCAAUGUCGACAUCGACCUGGUGCUUCCCCCCGGGUCCAUUGUCCCCCUUCAGUCUAUCGAUCUCGAAGUGGUGCCUGAGGAUGAGGAUGACAUCCUAGACCCAACUUUGCGACAGUAUGGCGGCUAUACUCCCUUCGUGAAGCUCUUUGGGGAGCCUCUUUUUGUGCCGACCACAAAGCUGCGACGAGCCCCGUCACGGCCAAACUCGUUGAAUCGGAGCAAGUCCUUCAACAAGCACCAAAAGGUCGACUUACGCAUGAAAUUGGGGGAGUUGGUCGACACUGAAGAACGCUACGUUCUGAAACUCAACGACUUGGUCAAGCACAUUGCCGACGACUUUCGCCAGAGCGCGAGGCAUCGACUGCCCGAGAGCAACAGCCCGACCGAGCAAGACCUUGAGAGGUUGUUCCCAAAAUCGGUCGACAGCAUACUGCAAGUCAACACGGCCUUCAUGCAAGAAAUGCGCCGGGUUAUGGACGACACUGAGGAGGAUGCCUUGAGGGAUAUGGAACUUCCAUUCCCCACGCCACGCCUGGGAGGCUCCAACAGGGUCAAAGAUCCCAGUGGGGCGCUGGCUAUGGCACGAAUAUUUCUCGAGUGGUUUCCCAAUUUCACCGACUGCUAUCAGGACUACAUCCGAGCAAGUCAGAACUUCCCUCAGAUUAUCAACUCCUUCCUGGAUCAGCAGUCGAGCUUUCGCCAACGCGUCGCCCAGACGGGAGAGCAGACCAUCCGCUCCCUCCUUAUAGAGCCUGUCCAGAGACUUCCCCGUUACAGCCUAUUCAUUGACCAGAUCGUUAGCUGCCUUCCUAUUACACACCCCGCCUUGCACUUGAUGCUUCGCGCAAGGGACAUCAUCACAAAUAUCUGCUCCAUGGACGACCCUUUGCCAGAGAAACCUCACAUUACUAAUCGCCUGCGUGCAAUGGUGGAGUGCUGGCCCUUGGAUCUUGAGCCGCAAGGACGGCUACUCCAUGCCACAGACUUUGUCGAACUUGCUGCGCCAUAUGAUAUUAGUCCGCCUACUGGCGACCACCAGGACCGAGCGGGCAUUUUCCUCCUCUUUUCGGACUGCAUCGUCAUCCUCCAAAAAAAGACAAAGUCAGGGGUGACAGGCCGCGACUUCUUGCGCGAGAUCGACAAGCCUUCGCCUGCGGGAUUGCUUGCUUCCAUGACCAAUGUUGCCGGAGGGGCAGGAACUUGGGAGUUUGCAUUUACUGGUUGGCACAAUCUCGCCGACGUCCGCUUCACCGAGUCGUCUGACGGCAGCCUUGUCUGGAUGACAUCGACCCAGGAAAUGAAAGGGGCACAUGCCGGAUCGUACUUCACUAGCAAAGCCAUCACGUCGAGAUGUUUUCUGCUCAGGGAGUCGUAUGAGGGCAAAGCCAGCAGAUGGGCCGAAGAUAUUGUCAAGGCGAGGAUCGAGGGCCGUUUUGCCGAGGCGGAGAGGGAAGAUCCUGCUUGGACGUUGCGCUCAGUCAAAAUGCAAGACAACAACUUCGGCCUGUAUGCUGCCGUCUUCCAGGAGGCCGCCGAGCAACUGAUUGAAGGCCGCAAAGAACCGGCUCCUAUCCGCGUUGUUAUUGACAACGAGAAAGGCACUAAGGGUGCGCCCGUCGGGCACUACGGAGUUGAGAUUGUCAUUGAGGUCAAAUGCGGCGACAUGAGAAGGAUCUCCAUGAACACGCUAGGUCUGAGUGGCAAAAACUAUACCGACGACAUUGCGCUCGAGGAUUUACUCCCCACAAUGUCGCGCAGGAUCGUCCAGCUUCUCAGUAACCAGUUCAGCGUGGCCAAUCCACGGCUUGUCCCUGCCUUGGUCUCUUAUUACACCAAGAUUCUCAGAGGCCUCAACAUGACUUCUAAAGUAGAGAAGAACAACAGGUCUUUUCUUGCGUCCUCCCCGGUGAAGAUGCUCUCCAACUUUCUCGCGGGGAACAACACAUCCUCAUUGAAUCUCACGACCGAUACCACGGUCAUCAAUGCAUCCAAGCAUCAGCGGGCACCUCAAGGAAAUUCCGGGACGCUCUUCUCAGGCCAACCUGGACGCAAUAAUAGCCAGAAAGAUCUGACGAUGACCUCCGGCUCACUGAGUAAUCGAGAUGGAGGUCGAAUAGGUGCCGAGGGGGACCGCCUAGAGAACCCGCUAGUUCGUCUUGAGCAGACAUUUACCGGUUAUGUGGCAAGCCUGCAGGCGCGGAAGGGGUUUUUCGUUGGCCGCUCUUUGCUCAAUAGAUCGUUUGCGGACGAACUUUCGGUGAACGACCUCUACAAUCGGCUGAUCGAAUUCCCCUAUGAUCUCGAUGCUUCCUCAGAGCUAGGCACUGAGGUGAUAUUCGCGGCCUUCGAGAAGUUUUGCCGCAUUGCAUGGAGCGAACAGAUAGGACCCGUUAUGACUAUGCAGACACUCGAUGCACUCCAAAUCCGAGCCUCGAAGAAAGUCCCUGGCGACUUUGCUGAUUUUGUGCGCUUCCUGUUCGGCGACAUGGCCCCCCAGAACCGUCGCGCUUUCACCGCCCUCAUCAAACUCCUGGCAGAUCUCUUGGAUGGCUGCAGUAACGACGGUGAUAGAGGCGCACUGACACUUGCAUUUGCGGAGCUCCUGGCCGAUAAUGGGAAAGCACCCGAUUAUAUCAAUCUUCUCGACCGCUUGGUGGAGGACUGCGACCGCAUCUUUGAGGAUUCUGGGUUUGCCGCCAGCUUCAAUCUCGGAGGUUCGGCGUAUGACUCCCUGAAUGCAAGCAGCCGAAGCCACAAGUCUGCCACAGGGUCCAUGACUUCCAACACCUCCUCACUGCGGAGGAAGUUUGGGUUUGACAACAUCCUCCGCCAGAACAGCAAAACCGACUCGGAGCGUCCGUCAAUGUGGCGUUCUCUCAGCAAGCAUGCGAGGAACCCUGGAGCUGGCGAGAGUUCAAGCCUGUCCAAGGCAUCGUCCCGGUCGAGAUCGGUUGAUAUGGGGAUCCCAGGCUCGAUUCCCAACAAGCUCCGUCGCCCAGCGUCUAGGGAUAGACCCCCGGUAGCCGGCGCUUUCGAUGAUAUACAGCACAGGCCUGCAAGUUCCCACAGGCUCGAGACCAUUGGCGAACCUGAAGUCGAGACGGCAGAGGCGAAGUCUCUUAAGAAGAAACGGCGUAGCUCGCUCUCCGAUUUGAAGACAUUGCUGGCAGCCGCGAGUCUCGAAGACCCGCCUCUGAUGCCUCUCCGCAUCAACAAGCAGCAGACGUCUGAAAAGUUCAACUCGUCUUCUCGAAGCCAGUCGCCGUCAAAGAUACCGAUCAGCCCACAUUCAAUGACACAACCAUUACGCUCCUCACGGCAGAAGGAGAAUAUUGGGGAUACAUUCCAGCAGCAGCAGCAGCAGCAACAACAACCACAACAACAACCUGUACAGCAGUCUCUAGACGGCGACAAGUUGAAGCUUCAAAGCAAGACCCUCUCACCAUCUCAAAUUCCGAUGUUGAAACCGUCGCGCAUUCCCAUGAAUGGGAACGAGUCACCUACUCGUCCAACUUCCAGUCCCACCAAGACCGGAACCGCCACGCAAAAACUCCGUCUCCAGUCGCCCCAGAAACUUCGCGAGCGUCUCCAGGUCCAGAAGAAGGCUGUUGAGGAGGUAGAUGCCUCGCUCAAGUCAGAACUCUCGCGGAUCUCUGAAGACAUGGCUCGCGUCAACUCUGCCCUGCCACGCUCGGCCACCACGGACUUGCGCAACCUGUCAGCGGCUGUCAAGGCGCUGGAGGACCGAGUCCCCCAGGCCAUGCAGGAGCUGCAGGAUCGGCAUACCGAGAUACAGCGGGACAUGGAGGCGACGCUGAAGGCGACCGAGGCCAAGGUCAAGGCGAUCGACCAGCUAUACAAGGAGGCGACGGCCGAGAACGAGCUCCUCUACGAGAAGUUCAACUCGGAGCUGGGCAAGAUCGUCAGGGCCCUCAAGGGCAAAGGCCGCGACGACAAGGAGGAGCUCAUGACAAAGGUCAAAGAGAGCAGCGAGGAGACGGCCAGGGUCAAGAAGGACAACGCCCGCCUGAGGCGCGAGAUGGUCAGCCUCAGGACCCUGCUCAAGGGGAGCAGAGAUGUGGGCGGAGACCACUGA